UGUCAUGAAUGGAAGCUGCACCAGUCUACUUCUCUUUCUCUAUAUCACUCUCUAAAAUGGUUUUUCUACAGACUUUGUUUCUACUCAUCCUUUCUCUGGAUUUUCAUGGAGUUGCAGCUUCUUGCUCUAAUGGAAAAUGCAAACUUCUUGAUGAGUGUUCAACAAACAAAGAUUGUGCUGCUGGUUUGUACUGCUUCUCCUGCUCAUUUGGUUUCUCAGGCUCUCGCUGCAUCCGUUCCUCAGUUUCAAACCCAUUCAAGCUUCUGAAUAACUCAUUGCCAUUCAACAGCUAUGCUUAUCUCACAACACACAACUCUUAUGCCAUUGAUAAUGAGCCAUCUCAUACCCCGUUUCCGCGUAUUACCUUCUCAAACCAAGAGGAUUCUGUUACUGAGCAGCUGAAUGGUGCUAGAGCCUUGAUGUUGGAUGCUUAUGACUUUGAUGGGGAUGUAUGGUUCUGCCAUUCAUUUGGAGGGAUAUGCUUUGAGAUUACUGCAUUUAGUGCGGCAAUAGAUACUAUGAGGGAGAUUGAAACCUUCUUGUCAAUGAAUCCAACUGAAAUAGUCACAUUGAUACUAGAAGAUUAUGUUCAAGCUCCAAAUGGAUUGACUAAAGUUUUUAAUGAAUCUGGGUUGUUGAAUUACUGGUUUCCGGUUUCAGAAAUGCCUAGAAAUGGUGAGGACUGGCCUCUGAUUAGUGAUAUGGUUGCUAAGAAUCACCGUCUAAUUGUCUUCACUUCUAUGGCUUCGAAACAAGAGACAGAAGGCAUUGCUUAUCAGUGGAAUUACAUGGUUGAAAACCAAUAUGGCAAUGGUGGAAUGUACUCUGGAUUGUGCUCUAACCGUGUCGAAUCUGCGCCUUUAAAUGAUAAGAACAAGUCUCUUGUUUUUAUUAAUUACUUUCCGACAUUACCCAAUAACUAUGAGGCAUGCGAGCAGAACUCGGCAGAGCUCAUGAACAUGCUCCAAACAUGUUACCACAAAGCCGGAAACCGGUGGGCGAAUUUCCUGGCUGUUGAUUUCUAUAAGAGAAGUAAUGGGGGAGGAGCAUUUCAAGCAACAGAUAUGGUUAAUGGCAAACACUUGUGUGGUUGUGAUGACAUUCAUACAUGUCUGCCUAACUCUACAUCUAGAGCUUGCACAGCUAUGAGAUCAAAUGGAAGGAAGUUCUUCAUAUAUGAGAAGUAAUCAGUUAGGAGAUCAUUCAUACAAUUUGCAGAAAUCUUAGUGCUAAUCAGUCCAUUUCUGACAGAAAGAACUGUUUAUAAUUAACAGAAUUCUUGAUCCAAAUUUGGAUUUUUUUUUUAUUUUUUUUUAUUCAUAUCUAAUUUAGAGUGGUAAUCAGGUAAGCAAUUUGACAAAACGAUCAAACACUUGAUUUAGUUCAAAUUUUGGCUCUGUUUCAGUUGACAGUGCUUGGGUACUUGCACAAUGUCCAGGUGGGUGACCAUGUUCCAACUCACAUGCUUCCAAGUUUCAUUAUUGAGAGGCUUUUUCUAUCCUUGCUUAUCUACUUUUGUGCUGCAUGCACUCAUUUAAUAUUAUAUAUAAGUAGUAUAUCUUUCUUAUCAUGCAUUGCAUGCAAAAGAUUCUGCAAAUAUUCACUCAUGCAUGAACACAAUAUAUAUGUGAAUUGUCUCCCGCUGAAUUGUUGGGAAGUUCAGAAGGAUGAUAAUGGU